CAAGCACAAGCUUUCACACCCUAUCUGGCGCUCCUGCUUGUCUCUAGGCUGUUGUUCUUGCUUUCGAGCUGAGCACAACCAAGCAAAGUCAAGGGAAGGUACCUUUCCAAGGUGAAGAAGCAUGCAUCCGAGCUGCUCGCCACUGACAGUGCCUCCGGGCUUCCGGUUCCACCCGACGGACGAGGAGCUCCUCUACUACUACCUGAGGAAGAAGGUCGCUUAUGAGCCCAUAGAUCUCGAUGUCAUAAGGGAGAUUGACCUCAACAAGCUUGAGCCAUGGGACCUCAAAGAUCGGUGCAGGAUUGGGACGGGGCCUCAAGACGAGUGGUACUUCUUCAGCCACAAGGACAAGAAGUACCCAACGGGGACACGCACGAACAGGGCCACGACUGCCGGGUUCUGGAAGGCGACGGGGAGGGACAAGGCCAUCUUCCUCAGCAACGGUGGCAGGAAGGUCGGCCUGAGGAAGACGCUGGUGUUCUACACCGGCAGGGCACCUCACGGCAAGAAGACCGACUGGAUCAUGCACGAGUACCGCCUCGAUGACGAUAACGUUGAGGUGCCUAUAACUGAGGAUGGAUGGGUGGUGUGUAGGGUUUUCAAGAAGAAGAGCAUCCAGAGAGGCUUCGACCAGCAACAGGGCAUGGCGGCGGCGGUCGUCCACGACGAAGAGCUCCAUUCCUUCCAGCACUCCCCCACCGGCGGCGCGACAACGCCGGUGGACCAGAAGCACGGCCUCCACCAGCUCAUGCACGGCGGCUUCUUUCCCGCCUUCGACCCCUCCAUGCACCUUCCACACCUCACGAACGCCGAGGUGCCCACGCUGGGCACCCCGGCAUUCAUUUCCGGCACGCCGGCUGCCGUCGCCGUGAACCCGCUCGGCAUGGGCUCCUCUCCCCACAACCUGGUGAAGCUAACAACAUCAUCCUGCGGCACUGCCGGUGACAUGCUGCUGAACGGCAGUGAGCGCUUCGGUGCUGUUGCCGCCGCCGACUGGUCUAUCCUCGACAAGCUGCUGGCGUCGCACCAGAACUUGGACCAGCUCUUCCAUGGCAAGUUCGGGGGAACACCUGUAGGGGUUUCCCAACAUUACCAACAGCGGCAGCAGCAAUUGAUGGAGAUGAGCGCGACGUCACUGCAGAGGCUGCCUCUCCAUUACCUUGGCUGCGAGACCGCUGAUCUCUAGUUUUCCAUGUAGCUAGAUUGAACGAUGGUCGAUAUGUAAUCUCUCCCUGGACCGGAGAGGAUGACGGGCUCUUGUAAUUUUGGGUACGGCGGUUAAUUGGUGAAUCCCUUUUUUUCCUAUAUUGUUUUAUA